AUCUGGGUCUGGAUCUCAAACGCAGCACAGAAGGUUUAAUAGGUCAGGUGAACGACGUCGUUUGAACUCAAAGAAGUCAAAGUUGCUUUCUCUUCUUUAUUUAACCUCUAGCUCUUUUACGCUUAAAGCCUUCAGCUUUGUUACUGAUGCGCGCCUUUUUUUACAGACCCGCCCAGUUUAGCCUGUUUAAAACCGCAACCAGACUUCGUUUUUAUAGAACCCAGAUUAGAUUUCCGAACACCCAAAAUGCAAAACUCACUUGUGAUGAUUCAAAGCUGCUUUACUAUCUGUCACGACGUAUGUUUCAAGAUGCACGCCACCUGCUUGAGAAAAUGCCUAGCAGAGAUGUUCAUGACCGCAUUGUGCGUUGGACUUGUUUGGUUACUAAGUUCUCGAGAGGCGGUUGGGUCGAUGAGGCUCGGGUGCUGUUUGAUAUAAUGCCGGAGAGAAAUGUGGUUACUUAUAAUGCUAUGCUGUCGGGGUAUGUGCAGUCCGGGAGGUUGAGUGAGGGUUGUCAGUUUUUUGAGGAGAUGCCGGAGAGGAAUGUGGUGUCGUGGACUUCGAUGCUGUGUGGGUUGGCCGGUGCGGGGAGGAUUGAGGAGGCGAGGCGGUUGUUUGGGGAAAUGCCGGAGAGGAAUGUUGUUUCUUGGAAUUCGAUGAUUGCUGGGUUGGUUAAGAAUGGGGAUUUGGAGGGAGCAAGGGAGGUUUUUGACCGGAUGCGGAUGAAGAAUGUUGUUUCUUGUAAUGCUAUGAUUGGUGGGUAUGUGGAGCAUUGUAGAAUGGAUGAGGCCAGAGCUUUGUUUGAUGGGAUGCUGGACAGGAAUGUGAUUACUUGGACUAGUAUGAUAUCUGGUUAUUGUAGGUCUGGCAAUGUGGAUGAAGGGUAUGCUUUGUUUUGCAAAAUGCCAGAGAGGAAUGUUGUUUCUUGGACAGCCAUGAUUGGUGGCUUUGCUUGGAAUGGAUUUUAUAAAGAAGCUCUAUUGUUAUUCCUUGAAUGGAAUGGGAACUAUGAAACAAGACCAAAUGGAGAGACGUUCAUAUCGCUUGUAUAUGCUUGUGCUGGUAUUGGGUUGCCUCAUCUUGGAAAGCAACUACAUGCUCAGUUGAUUGUCAACAAUUGGGACCAUGAUGAUUAUGAUGGCAGGCUAUCAAAGAGCCUCAUUCACAUGUACUCGGCCUAUGGUGUCAUGGAUUAUGCAGAUUUUCUGUUUAUGAAGCAUUCAAAUACUCCUAGUGUUCAGUCUUGUAAUUCUAUGAUUAAUGGUUACUUACAGAUUGGGCAACUAGAACAGGCUCAGAAUCUCUUUGACAGACUACCAAUCCGAGACAAGAUCUCUUGGACGUCUAUGAUCACCGGGUAUUUUAAUGUUGGGAAAGUAUCAAAGGCUUGUUAUCUGUUCCAAAUUAUGCCAGAUAGGGAUGCAAUUUCAUGGACAGCGAUGAUUUCAGGGCACGUCCAAAAUGAGCUUUUUGCAGAAGCCACUGAUAUCUUCUUUAAAAUGCAUUCAGAAGGUGUUUCGCCUCUGAAUUCAACAUAUUCAGUUCUUCUUGGAGUUGCUGGUGCAAUGUCAUAUCUUGAUUCUGGGAGACAGUUCCAUGGCCUUCUGAUAAAAACACAUUAUGAACUUGACUUGUUUAUUAGUAACUCACUGAUCUCUAUGUAUGCCAAAUGUGGGGAGAUAGAUGACGCUUACCGUGCAUUCUCAAACAUGAGUUUGCGGGAUUUGAUUUCUUGGAAUUCCAUGAUCAUGGGGUUUUCUGACCAUGGGCAUGCAAAUGAAGCUCUGAAGAUCUUUGAAGCAAUGGAACAAUCUGGGGCUCACCCGAAUUCUGUAACUUUUUUGGGCAUCCUGUCAGCAUGUAGCCAUGCAGGGCUAGUCCAUAGAGGAUGGGAGUUUUUUAAUGCCAUGAGUGAUGUUUAUGGAAUUCAACCAGCUUCGGAGCAUUGCAUUUGUAUGAUUAAUCUUUUGGGUAGAGCUGGGAAGGUAAAGGAAGCCCAAGAAUUGGUUUGGAGGCUACCUUUCAAACCAGAUCCUGCUGUUUGGGGAGCAUUGCUUGGUAUAUGUGGGCUCGGUAAGACAAAUGCCGAGGUUGCUAAAUAUGCGGCCAAACAACUCCUGGAGCUGGAUCCCUUAAAUGCACCAGCCCAUGUGGUCCUUUGUAACAUAUAUGCAGCAAAUGGUAUGCAUAUUGAGGAAAAAUCACUGAGAAGGGAGAUGGGGUUGAAAGGAGUUAGAAAGGUUCCUGGGUGCAGUUGGAUUCUGGUGCAAGGGAGAGUUAAUGUAUUCCUCUCUGGAGAUAAAUUACACCCAGAUGUUGAGGAGAUGCUGUCAAUCCUAUUUGGCACCACUGGUGAAUCACAAAAACAGUUUAGUGUAUGAAGAGUUGCAGACAGUACAGAGAAAGUGUCUAGGUUAAAUUUUACUUGGCCACAUCAUUGCAUUUGGACUAGAUAUUAGAGGAUAUCACAUCCUAGAAAGCACAAUAUUGACUUAACAAGCAAUGGUGAAUUAGAAUGUGAUUGGAUUUAACUAAUACUCGAGGUUUUGCCUUUAUCUUGGACUAGUUUGUGGGAUACCAUAUGACAUUGCAGUUCAAAGCAGAAAGAUCGGUGUGACACGGAAUUGGCCCAGAAUAGAGGGCCUGCUGAUGAGAAUGUUCAGGAACCCUCCCAGGUUUUCCUGUACCAAGUGAGUCUUGAAGAUUCUGGAAGGAAGAAAUUAUACUUGGUCGGAACAUAUGGAGUCGGUAUGGGAAUGUAUUAGAGGUUGGUGUUGAUGCUGAAUUGUUUAUUUUACUUGUUGAAUUCACAUAAACUCACCAAGAAACCAGUGGUGCGUCCUAUUUUAUUGAUUCAUGAAGCAAUAUAUACU